UGUACUUGCUGGAAGCGAAUUACGAUUGCGGAAAAUGUCUACGAAAUUUUAUGUUAUACUUUUGCUAGUGAGCUGUCAAAAUGCUUGGGGAUCAAUUCCCAAUUCUUUGGAACUUCGACCUCAAUGUGAUGCGUUCUGCUUCGAUGCCCUGAAACCCAUAUUGGACCACAUAGCCGCCAACCAGAAUCGUUGGAAUACAUGCGAUUCAACAAAACUGGCAGACAUCCAGGGUCGUCUGGACAAAUUGGAGACACAAUUGAAGGAGCAGCAGGAGAAGAUUGCAACAAAAGAGGGAGCCAACACAGAAACCGAUCAGAAAUGUAGCGCUGCAACGGAAAAGUCCACAAAGGAGAUACCAAAGAACUUUGCGAAACUUGGCUCCAAGUAUUAUUAUAUAGAGAGAUUUCAUUUACUUAACUGGUUUGCCGCCCUACACACCUGUCGCCAAAUGGGUGGGCACCUGGCUAGUCCCCAAAACCAAGAGGAGCUAAAUGAGCUCAGGAAAGCAUUACCGACCAAUCGAGCUUACUGGAUAGACAUCAACGACUUGAGCAGCGAGGGGGAAUAUAUGUCGGAGACCUCUGGAAUGCGAGCACCAUUCUUGCAAUGGAGUCCUGGAGAGCCCAAUAAUUAUGAGUCUAAGGAACAUUGUGUGGAGCUGCGAAUGUUGAAAAAUGAUCAGAGUAUGAAUGAUAAUGUAUGCGUUUUUAAACUAUAUUUCAUUUGUGAAAUAGAUGUAGAUUUGUAAUAAAUAAAAGCCGAAUCCUAUGCGAUGGCAAAGCAUUUUAUAAAGUA